UCCUGUCACUCUCAGGCCACUUGACUUGCCCGUCGAUAGAUCCAGUCAUCAAUAUUCCUACAUGACUAGUAAACUGAAAUUUCCGUGGCAGACACCCCGAAAAACCAGGACGGGCAAGUAGCUAUAGCCAUGGAGCAGCAGCACGGGCAGGACUCCGAGGCUCCGCUGCUGGCCGCCUCGAAGCCCGAUGGCGCCGCGUCGUCGCCGCCGCCCCGCAACAGGUUCCCCUUCUUCUGUGCCGUGCUCGCCUCCAUGACCUCCGUCCUCAUGGGCUACAACGUGGCGGUGAUGAGCGGGGCGCAGAUCUUCAUGGCGGAAGACCUUGGGGUGAGCGACACGCAGAUUGAGCUGCUCUCCGGUGCCAUCAACAUCUACUCGCUCGUCGGCGCGCUGCUCGCUGGCUGGACCUCCGACCGCCUCGGCCGCCGCCUCACCAUUGUGCUCACCAACGGCUUCUUCCUCGUUGGCCCGCUUAUCAUGACGCUCGCCGGCGGGUACACGGCGCUCAUGGUGGGGCGCUUCAUCGCUGGAAUCGGCGUCGGUUACGCGCUCGUAAUCGCGCCGAUCUACGCUGCCGAGAUCGCGCCGGCCUCCUCCCGCGGCCUUCUCAGCUCCCUUCCCGAGAUUUUUAUCAACACCGGGGUGAUGCUGAGCUACGUUUCCAACUUCGCCUUCUCGGCGUUGCCAGCGCACCUGGCGUGGCGGCUGAUGUUCGCGGCCGGGGUUGUGCCCACCGUGUUUCUGGCGGCUGGCGUGCUCACCAUGCCGGAGUCGCCGCGGUGGCUGGCGAUGAAGGGCCGGCUGGACGAGGCGAAAGCCGUGCUCGACAGGACGUCGGACACGCUCGCCGAGGCCGAGCAGCGUCUGCUGGAGAUCGAGGAGGUUGUCAACGCCGGCAGCAACGGCGCCGGCGGGAGCAACGGCGGUGGCGGCACGUGGAAUGAGGUGGCGACCAAGGCCGGCGUCAGGCGCGUGCUGGCCACAGUUCUGGCGCUGCAGUUCUUCCAGCAGGCGUCGGGCAUCGACUCGGUGGUGCUCUACGGCCCGCGCGUGCUCGCCAUGGCCGGCGUCACUUCUAACACCCUCCUCCUGGGCCUCAACGUCCUCUUCGGCGUGGCCAAGGCGGGCUCGAUCCUGAUCGCCAUGGCGCUCGCCGACCGCGUCGGCCGGCGCCCUCUGCUACUGGUGAGCACCGGCGGCAUGACGGCGUCCCUGCUGGUCCUGGGCUCCGUGUUCGCUGCUUCCGCCGGCGCCAAGGACGACGCGGCGGUGGCCGCCGUGGCCGUGGCCGCUGUGGUGGCGUUCGUCUGCACCUUCUCCGUCGGGUUCGGGCCUAUGGCAUGGGUGUACAGCUCGGAGAUCCUCCCUCUGCGGCUGCGCGGACAGGGCGCCGGGCUCGGCACCGCCAUGAACCGCGUGAUGAGCGGCAUCGUCACCAUGACCUUCAUCUCGCUCUACGGGGCCAUCACCAUGGCCGGCGCAUUCUACCUUUAUGCCGCCGUCGCGGCUGCCUCGUUCGUGUUCAUCUACACCUGCCUGCCGGAGACCAGGGGCCGGAACCUCGAGGACAUGGAGCAGCUUUUCCGCACAAAAUGAUCGAUCCACCGACCCGUGGUCACAUUGAUAAUUGUCAACUUGUGAUUGGAAAUAGGGCGGAUAGGAUGGCCCACAAAGUAAAGUACUCCCUCCGGUCCUUUUUACUCUGCACGUUAGAUUUCCCAAAAGUCAAAUUUUGCUAAGUAUAUCAUGAUGAUAAAUUAGUAGAGUUUUUAGGUAUCUUGUGGUAUAUCAUAAGUUUGGGUCAUGUUAUACAUAUGAUAAUACAGACAGUAUUAUUGGCAAUCCUGUUUUUUCUUCU